AUGGACCGCUGGGUCCUAACCACGAUCCUCGGUUUGCCACAUAGAGUUAGUGAAUUUGCCGCGCCACUUACCUUCCCCCCACCCUCAAGUCCUCUCCGUAGUCGCCCAACGUUGCAUAGACAGGGAACUGUCGGACCUCUUCUCAAAAGAGGCGAUCGAACGGGCUCCAGACCCACACUCAGCAACAUCUUCCUGGUACAGAAGAAAGGAGGUCAGAUGCAACCCGUCAUCAACCUCCGACCUUUAAACAGGUUUGUCCGCUAUCGUCACUUCAAAAUGGAUGGCAUCCACCUCCUCAGAGACCUCCUGUUACGCGGGGAUUGGAUGGUGAAGCUCGACCUCAAGGACGCAUACCUCACGGUUCCGGUCGCGGAGUCCUCCAGAGACCUCCUUCGCUUCCGUUGGAAAUGGGAGAUUGGGCGCUUCACAUGCUUGCCUUUCGGCCUUUCUUCUGCCCUGUGGUGCUUCACCAAGUUGCUACGCCCAGCUAUGGCAUGGCUCCGCAAGGAGUUAUGCAGAACUCUAUCUAUGUCGCAACUGUCACUUCGGCAACUGGCCUGGAUCAUCAGCCUCCUCUCAUCAUCCAUCCAAGCGGUGUUUCCGGCUCCACUCCAUUACCGGGCCCUACAACGCCUAAAGACUGCCCAUCUCCACUCCAAGACCUCGUACGCAGACCUAAUAUCGUUGGAAGCAGAGACCAGAGACAAAUUAACGUGGUGGAUCCACAAUCUCAUCGUGGAACGACUUCACGUCAGAGUUACUCGUGCGCAGACGGAGAAAUUCUCGAUCCUCCUGCGCGGGGUGCAGAGAAUAUUCUUCCGCCGGCUUCCGAGAGGCGCUCUUCUGAAAUCAAGCAGAAGGAAGAAAACGGUCUCGAGAGAGAGCGCACGUAACAAGAGGAAAGCCAGGAAGGUAAAGAGAAAGUCGGCCUCGAAAACGGCGAGGUCUAAAUCCAAUAGGGCAAACGAGGAAGCUGAGAAGCAGAAGCCGCUGAAAUGUAAUUUCUGUGAGAAAAGGUUCAACAGCCAGUCCAUCCUGGAAGCCCAUCACCGAAUCCACACCGGCAAGCUGCCCUACCCUUGUCCGCUGUGUGACGAGAGUUUCGCCAAGGCGUCGCUGCUUGCCGCGCACAGCAGCAAGCACAAGGAACGCAAACCUUACCAGUGUGACCAAUGCGACAAAAACUUUAACGACCAGACACUUUUCUUGACUCACAAGAAGACACACGAGGAAGAGACCCCUCACGAGUGCAGCGAGUGUAGCAGCGCCUUCCCCAGCCAUAGCAGCCUUCUGGCGCACGAGCAAAGCCAUCUAAAGCCCAAGCCAUACAAGUGUCGGCACUGCGAGAAGAGCUUCAACGCUGAGUCCCUGCUCGCCACUCACGAGGGGGUGCACACAGGCAACCGACCCUACAAGUGCAACCAGUGCAGCGAGAGCUACUACCUGAAAUCCCAGUUGGAGGCCCACCAGGCCGCACACUCCGUCGACAAACCCUAUCCGUGCAGCCAGUGCGAGAGGAGCUUCAAUAAGAAACAGACUCUCCUGGCGCACAUCCGAGUUCACAAUCUGCACAACAUGCUGAGGCUGAAAACUCAUAGACAGUGAGGGGCUACUGCCCAGUUGGCGCUAGGGACACGUGACCUUUUCGCCUUACCCUGUGUCCAUGCAUGCUUGUUGGUAGAGUCAGCGUCAUUGGAGCGACAUGACACAGGCCGAACUGCUUUGUGGUGUUUUUGGACGGACGGAGUUUACAGCCAUGUGCAGUGGAGCUGCACCUUAGGUUUAUGGGUCACGGCAUGGCCUACAAGAAGUAGACGUUCUCCGCGGAUCUGAUUAGCGGCGGUGCACAGCACUGUCUGCCCCCAGCGAAGGGACAGGGUGCCCCUAAGGAUUCAUGUGCGGAGAAUCCCCACUGAAAACCGCAGGCAAAUCCGUGCGGUCAGUCCAAGUGAAUGGAGAAAAUCCGGUUAGGAAAAAAAAAAAAUUGACAUGCUUUUAAAAUCCACGCGGAAAAAAAUCUGCAUCGUGUACAUUGAGAAUUUCAAAUUCUCAUAGAAUACUAUGCACAUGACCUACGGUGCGGAUUCUCCGCACGCAUAUUUGCGUGGAAAAGCCGCACGCAAUCCUGAUUGUGUGCAUUCAGCUUUAAGCUGGUGUCUGGUUUACAAAACCCUUUUUCAGUACCCUGUUAGAUAUGUGGGGAGUCCGAUUCUGGAUCUCCAGCUUUUAGCCGGAGGAGCGUGGCUCAUCUUCCUCGCGUUUAUUACAGGGACAGGCUAUUGAAUGUCGUGAGAACUGUAUGUUUCUUCAUUCCACUUGGGGUGUUACUACCGGAGAAUUGCGUAGCAGCAGGACCCCUGCUCAGCCUAUUGUUGGGGGGCUCUUCUAAUACAUGGUGAGAUCCCCUUUUAAACUGGAGACCUGAGUAAUAUGAAAUGGAUUGGCAGCAUCCUACCAGGAACUUGGCAGUAGUCCCGUCAUGUCAACGUCCAUCAGCCUGCAGUGUAAAAUAUUCAGAUGGGAAAGCCGACCGAAUUGUGAAAUACUUGACUUCAUUAGCUCUAGAUGGCGUUGUAGUAGUUCCCAUCCCCCCCUCCCAGUCACUCGGCUCAGCAUUCAUGACUAACGUGAAACACUGGGCAGAUCUUCAUGUCACUUACCAGGGUCACUUACUAUUUCACACUGGUCUCUAAUAUCUAACUCUCUGAGGGGCUCUAUACAGUAUGGGUCAAAAUAAGCAAUAAAAACUACCGCUGCAGGCGGGUUAUUGGGCUGUACAGAAUUUGUAGAAACCACACCCCCUUCUGACAUCACUUCCUGCUUUGCAUCUAUUGGCUGAAACAGCACCUUCCUUCUCUGCCCUCCCCCUGUACAGAGUAUUGAGAGAUCCAUAGUAGUGGCUUCCUUCUGUAUUUACACCAGAAAUGUGCUGGGGAAUUAUCCAGAGCGGAGACCGCUCCCCAGUAUGAUGUGCUGGGGAAUUAUCUAGAGCGGUGAGCGCUCCCCAGUAUGGUGUGCUGGGGAAUUAUCCAGAGCGGAGAGCGCUCACCAGUAUGAUGUGCUGGGGAAUUAUCCAGAGCGGAGACCGCUCCCCAGUAUGAUGUGCUGGGGAAUUAUCCAGAGCGGUGAGCGCUCCCCAGUAUGGUGUGCUGGGGAAUUAUCCAGAGCGGAGAGCGCUCACCAGUAUGAUGUGCUGGGGAAUUAUCCAGAACGGAGACCGCUCACCAGUAUAAUGUGCAGGGGAAUUGUCCAGAGCGGGGACCGCUCACCAGUAUGAUGUGCUGGGGAAUUAUCCAGAGCGGAGACCGCUCGCCAGUAUGAUGUGCUGGGGAAUUAUCCAGAGCGGAGACCGCUCACCAGUAUGAUGUGCUGGGGAAUUAUCCAGAGUGGAGACCGCUCACCAGUAUGAUGUGCUGGGGAAUUAUGCUCACCAGUAUGAUGUUUCGUGGGAAUUAUCCAGAGAGCAUAGCGGUCACCUGUAUGAUGUUUUGGGGGAAUUAUCCAGAGAGCAUAGCGGUCACCUGUAUGAUGUUUUGGGGGAAUUAUCCAGAGAGCAUAGCGGUCACCUGUAUAAUGUUUUGGAAUUAUCCAGAGCGGAGAGCGCUCACCAGUAUGAUGUAUGGGGGGGAUUAUCCAGAGCGGAGAGCGCUCACCAGUAUGAUGUGCUGGGGAAUUAUCCAGAGCGGUGAGCGCUCACCAGUAUGAUGUGUGGGGGGAUUAUCCAGAGCGGUAAGCGCUCACUAGUAUGAUGUGCUGGGGAAUUAUCCAGAGCGGAGACCGCUCACCAGUAUGAUGUGCAGAGGAAUUAUCCAGAGCGGAGAGCGCUCACCAGUAUGAUGUGUAGGGGAAUUAUCCAGAGAGGAGACCGCUCACCAGUAUAAUGUGCAGGGGAAUUCCGCUCACCUGUAUGAUGUGUGGGGGGGAUUAUCCAGAGCGGAGAGCGCUCACCUGUAUGAUGUCUGGGGGGAAUUAUCCAGAAUGGAGAACGCUCACCAGUAUGAUGUGUGUGGGGAAUUAUCCAGAAUGGAGAACGCUCACCAGUAUGAUGGGGGAUGGUGGGUAGAACAGGAAGCCUGCGAGCUGCAGCCCCAGCCAAUAGGUACACAGCGAUAGGUGGCCACUUCUGCUUCACAGCCCAGUAACGAGCAGCGGCAGUUUUGUCCUGCAGUGUGAACCCCGCAGUUCAGAUGCUUGCAUUUAAGGGGUCCCAGUAAAAGAAUUAGUGGUCCGCUUAUAUUGCAUGACCCUGGUAGCUCCAUGUUACUAAUGUGCCCGGAGUUUCACUUUUUGUCAGGAGACCUGGACAGCAGUUUGAUGGUUUCUUAUCAAGCUUAGUUUGUGCCCGAAUCUGAGACAGAGGAACGUGCGCGUCUCACGAAAAACAUAAUAAAGCCAUAUUUCUUA